CGCUUUCUGACGGGCUAAAAGCUCUCAGUAUCCCGCAGUCACUUGUCAGCAGUCAGCAAGUGACCAGUUAGUGACUAGUCAGUGCUCCACCGGACUUGGACUUUGACGCUCUGACAUGUGGUCUCGCGGUCAUCUUCUCGCCGCGGUGGCUUCAACCUUUCUUCUCUUCUUUUUGACAACUGCUGACGCACUCUUACCCGACAAUGAUGUGACGAAAUCGCUAGAGGAAGCCGUCCAAGAGGACCAGUUCAUUCUGAGUGUGAAGCACAUCAAGCCAAAGAAGCGACUGCGCGGUGGCAUCGAGACUGUCUUGGAAGUCGACUUCCCCGGCUCACAGCACAAGUUACAGUUACAGAUCGACAGACGUUCAAGGAGAGUUGUUGUAGAGACCCUGGAGGAUGGCAGACCUCGUACCCAGCACUUUUUCGUUGAGAAAUUGACCGAGGGCUCGGCCAUUCACAAUUUGCUCAUAGUAUUCGACCAGCGACAACCUGCGGCUUCAGCCACCCUCUAUUUUGACUGCGAGUCUCAGGGCAAAAUAAACAGCCACAUGACUCUCAAGGAAAUGUUCAAGAGCAUGCGCAAUCCACACAUUCAGGCUUAUCGUGAGAGGAAAUACGAAAUACAAGUAGAGUCUGAUUUGGGAAUCGGAGAAAUGCUGGACCGCAACAAUUGUCCAGACAGUAUUGUUAACGAAAUGUUAAACGACCAGCAAUUCGCAGGCAACGAUCUCACUACCCAAAUCAGGGGUGAUAUACCAAUAAUACACGACUGCGAUGAUAAUCUACUUGUCAAGGCUAUAAAUGAUCUGAUACAGAUAGUGAAGCAACUGAAGGAGGAGCUCAAUUACCAGAGAUCCGAGACUCGUCGAUUGAGAGAGUACCUGGAGAAAUGCGACAUCUGCAAGCCAGUGUCGCUGGCACAGACUCGUCCGACGUGCAGCAGCCAGCCGUGCUUCGCGGGCGUGGAAUGUCGCGACACGGUGGAGGGGCCCCGCUGUGGUCGCUGUCCGCACGGCUUCGUCGGAGACGGCCGCCACUGCAAGCCUGGCAUCACCUGCGCCGAGAAUCCCUGUCAUCCUGGCGUGAGAUGCUACGACACAGUGGAAGGCUUCCAGUGCGGUUCAUGUCCGGCGGGAAUGACGGGCGACGGGCGAAGGUGUGCUCCAAGGUCCGGAUGUGACAACCGACCCUGUUCUUCAGGUGUACAAUGUGUGAACUCGCCCGACCCACCCUACUAUAGAUGUGGCGCCUGCCCUGAAGGUUUCACAGGCAAUGGAACUAAUUGUCAUGAUUUGGAUGAGUGCGACCUAGCCGAGCCGUGCGACACGCGCGUCAAGUGCACGAACCUGGUGCCCGGGUUCCGUUGCGAGGCUUGCCCGCCUGGCUUCACCGGCUCGCCGGGCCUCGAGGGCGUUGGCCUGGAGUUCGCGCAUCGCUACCGCCAGCGCUGCUACGACAUCGACGAGUGCGCAGACGGACGCAACGGCGGCUGCGCGCCCAAUUCUGUCUGCACCAACACUGAGGGUUCAUUCCACUGCGGGUCAUGCAAGAUGGGCUACAUAGGCAACCAGACGAGUGGAUGCAGGAACCAGCCGGGUCUCUGCCCUGAUGGAACCCAGUGCGACUCCAAUGCCGAGUGUGUCAGAGUCAGUUACCACUCAUACCGAUGCAAAUGUAAAGUUGGGUAUGCAGGAGAUGGCCAGGUUUGUGGGUCGGACAGGGACCUCGAUGGCUGGCCCGACCAUCAACUCAGGUGCUCAGAUGCUCAUUGCAAGAAGGAUAACUGUGUGAACAUACCGAAUUCGGGACAAGAGGACGCAGACGGCGACGGGGAGGGAGACGUCUGCGACGCCGACGCUGACAACGAUGGCAUCUUGAACAGUCCUGACAACUGUCCAUUAGUGCACAACCCGGACCAACUGGACACGGACAGAGACGCGGACAGAAUGGGAGACGCCUGUGACAAUUGCCCCAUGGUUCCCAACCUGGACCAGGCCGAUGUCGACAAGGAUGGACUGGGAGAUGCGUGCGACAGUGACAUGGACAAUGAUGGCAUUCCGAACCACAACGACAACUGUCCGAAGAUCGCGAACGCGGACCAGAGGGAUCAGGACAACGACGGACUGGGUGACGUGUGUGACAACUGUCCACGGGUUCCCAACCCGACCCAGGUCGACAGCGACAAUGACCUCACCGGAGAUGCCUGCGACAGCGACAUCGAUCGCGACAGAGACGGUAUCCAGGACAGCACCGAUAACUGUCCAAAAGUAGCCAACAGCAACCAGUUGGACACCGACGGUGAUGGGAGGGGAGAUGAGUGCGACAAUGAUAUUGACAACGACGGCAUUCCUAACAGGGAGGAUAACUGUCCCCUAGGCUACAAUCCCUCACAGGAAGAUCGCGAUGGAAACGGAGUGGGAGACGUCUGCCAGGAUGACUAUGACUUGGACAAAGUGCCAAACAAUCUCGAUAAUUGUCCUAAUAAUUCGAAAAUAUUCUCUACAGAUUUCAGAACCUAUCAAACUGUUGCUCUAGACCCCGAGGGUGAUUCUCAGAAUGAUCCCAAUUGGGAAAUUUACAACAAAGGAGCAGAAAUUGUCCAAACUCUAAACAGUGAUCCCGGAUUGGCAGUUGGUUAUCAUUCGUUUGGCGGCGUUGACUUCGAAGGAACUUUCUUUGUGGAUACUGAAAUUGAUGACGAUUAUGUCGGCUUUGUUUUCAGUUAUCAAGACAACCACAAAUUCUACACAGUGAUGUGGAAGAAGAGCUCGCAAACGUACUGGCAGGCUACGCCUUUCCGAGCGGUCGCCGAGCCUGGCAUCCAAUUGAAGCUGGUGCAGUCCGCCACGGGACCAGGCCAGGUGUUGAGAAACUCACUAUGGCAUACUGGCGACACUAACGAACAGGUGAAAUUACUGUGGAAAGACCCCAGAAACGUGGGUUGGAAGGAGAAGGUUGCUUAUCGUUGGUUACUGCUGCACCGUCCCAAGAUCGGACUUAUCCGUUUGAGGAUUUUCGAGGGUGAGAAUCUGGUGGCCGAUUCUGGAAAUGUGUUCGAUUCCACGCUGAGAGGCGGUCGGCUCGGAGUCUUCUGUUUCUCUCAAGAGAUGAUCAUCUGGUCUGAUCUUGUCUACAGGUGUAAUGACGAUGUGCCAGAAGCAAUAUACAGGGAGCUGCCUCCAAGGCUGCAGAAUGAAGUGAAUGUGGACUCUAGCCAACCUCGACAUCAUUGAAUAAGUUUUCACUCAAGUAUUAAUAUUGUAAUAAAAUUACAAUUGACUCAUAAGUCUAUGAACUAUGAUGUUUCGUUUAUGUACAGUGAUUGUUACAAGUUACUUGUUAAGAAAUUAUUAUUAUUUAUUUAACCACUGAUAACCUGCCAUUUGUUCCUUGGAUGCCAUUGAAUUGCAAUCUUUAAAACAUGAUUCAAUGUUGCUCUCAGUAAUUUUCAAGCAAAAAUUUUCAUUCUGCAUUGUCGAAUCAUAAUUUCAUCCUAGUAAUUACAAUGUACCUAUUAUAUCUUCCAUCAUUGACAAAUCAUUAAAACAUCAUCAUUAACUUUCAAUGUACACCCUAGAUGUAUUACUGUGUAUGUAUUACUAGAUCAUCUUAGCAAAGUAUGAUGCGACAUGAUAUUGAAAAUAGUCCUAUAUAAUGUAUUGUAUAAUCUGAGGCUUGAGGUCCAGUAAAAUUUAGUGAUUGAAUAUAAAUUAAUAAGAAAAUCUAAAACUGUUGAGCUAAUUGAGUGAGUGAUGUAUGAAGUGAUUGAUUAAGAUAAUAGAAUAUGAUUAAGAUCAUGCUAUUUUCAUUUGAAAUAAACGAUUUGGAAACAAGAGAAACCAUAAUGGACCUGUGAAAUAUGUAGGCCAAUGUUAAAAUCAUCAAACCGCUUACUGCCAUAACUUUAGCUUAUUAUUUAUUUCAACUACGGUACGUUAGUAUAAUUGUUUUAUGUUUUUUUUAAUAAUAGUAUGAGUAUUUUUAAAAUAA